CGCCGUAUUCCGUCGCCAUCUUUCUUUUCGCAACUUUUGUCGGCAGUAAGGUACGUUAUUGUAUUGGAAUAUUUCGCUAAAUAAAACGAAAUUGUGAUUAAAAAGUCGUCAGACCCCUACCGCAUUGUUUUUGCGAAUCGUUUUACGUUCCAUAUAAACAUGGGUACAGUGGAGCGCGCCGGAGAUGACCACACUUCUGAAGUGGAGUCUGGAGAAGAGGAAGAAAUUGUCGGGGGUGGUGAGCUGGCCCAGCACUUCAUGAAAAGCGGCAUCACCCGCAAUGAGAUGCUAGCUGCCAUCACGAACCGCAUCCACGUGGAGGCCAUGGCGUCCCUGCCGCCCAACGUGCGCCGACGCAUCCGCGCCCUGCGCACUCUGCAGAAGGAGUUCGUCGACAUCGAGGCCAAGUUCUACAGCGAAGUGCAUGCGCUUGAGUGCAAGUACGAGAAGCUGUAUAAGCCUCUGUUUGAAAAGCGUGCUCUAGUCGUGAACGGUGGCUAUGAACCCACUGACGAAGAGUGCUUGAACCCGUGGCGCGAUGAAAAUGAAGAGGAAGAGUUGGCACGAGCGGUACAGAGCGCGGCCAUCACUGACGGCACGGAUGAUAAGAAACCGGCUGACGAGAAACCUGCCGAACCACCGAUGGACCCCAAUGUUAAGGGCAUCCCAGACUUCUGGUACACCAUAUUCAAGAAUGUUUCAAUGCUCUGCGAGAUGAUGCAGGAACAUGAUGAGCCUAUUCUUAAGUGCUUGCAGGAUAUUAAAGUGCAAAUGCAUGAGGACCCCAUUGGUUUCACCCUGGAAUUCCACUUCGCGCCUAACGACUACUUCACAAACACCAUCCUGACCAAGGAGUACUCUAUGAAGUGCAAGCCCGAUGAGGAAAACCCACUCGAGUUUGAGGGACCAGAGAUUUACUCUUGCAAGGGUUGCGAGAUCAACUGGAAGAAAGGCAAGAACGUGACAGUGAAAACGAUAAAAAAGAAGCAGAAGCAUAAGUCCCGCGGUUCCGUCCGCACCGUCACCAAGUCCGUGCAGGCGGACUCGUUCUUCAACUUCUUCUCCCCGCCCACCAUGCCCGAUGACCCCAACUCUACUCUCGCCUCUGAUAUUCAGGCGCUGCUAACAGCUGACUUCGAGAUCGGUCACUAUAUUCGCGAGCGCGUGGUGUCUCGCGCCGUGCUGCUCUACACCGGCGAGGGGCUCGACGAUGACGACGAUGAUGAUUACGAAGAAGAGGAGGAGGAGGAAUGCUCCACGGAAGAAAGCGAAGACGAGGAGCCUGCGCCGCGGAGGCGAGGCAAGAAGCCCAUCAAGGCUGGCAUGGAGGACCCGGCCGAGUGCAAGCAGCAGUAACCGCGCCGCACGGCCUCCAUACCGAGAGUAUGUUUGGUGCUGAAUAUCUACUUACCCUUCACUACAUUCGACCGCUCUAGCUGUUAACUUUGUUCUCGCGAGGACAUUCACUAGCCAAUAAUUUAAACCAUUUGUUUUGAAACCGGGUCUUUUGUAGUGAGAGGCAAUGUUCCAUCAGUUCUAUACUAAGAAUUGUAUUUAAAUAUACCUUCAUAAUCAAUUUCGUAUACGUGUUCAUUAAGAGGCAACAUUGUCUUUUAACUAAAUAAAUUGAUAAAUUGAUUUGUGUGAUGUUGUGCUGCUUUUCCGAAGACAAUGCCGUAAUAGCAUAAAUGAUCAGUCGCGUCAGACUAUCGCCGCACACAAAUGCACUAAAUUAUAAAGCAGUGACUGAUAUCUAGUAUAGGAUGCUUCUUAGAAAAAGGAACAUAAAAUUUCGACUGAGUAACCUCGCAAGCCGUAUUUUCCUUCACAUUCCUUAUUUCGUGUCAGAACACAACAAAAGUAAUGGAAUGUUUCUUGAGGCAGCCUUCGAAACGGUGACGAUGAAAUUUUAUGCUUUCGUUAAACAAUUUCAACUACAGUUUAAGCGCCGUGUAGUGACUAGAGCGCCCAAUUUUUGUGUAGUUCUCUGUUGUCGCCCCCGCUUCGAAGCUUGAGCCCAAUUGAAUACUCCGCCUUGAGUUCACUGUCGUUUAUUAUUAAUUUGUCCAUUGUUUUAUAUAGCAUGUUUAACAGUUGGUGCUUGAGGCACGAUAGCUAGGCUAGUACGAGACUUGUGAUUUGUUAACACGUGUUGGAAUUAUAACGGUCUAUGAGACAGUAAUUAAUUAAUCUUAAAAUAAUGUUAUUUUGUAUUUGUGUAAUGCGCCGAAAAGCGGCCGUGUUGCCAGGUUUAUAAGGACUUCACAAUGCAAAUUAUUAUGUUAUAGGUGUAAUUGUUAUGUUGUUACAAUUAACUUCGGUGUGAUUGUAAAGCUAUUUGAAACAAGUGGUUAUUUUUUAUGAACGGUAUAGCGUUAUGCUCGCGUUGCGUACACCAGCUAUAGGGUAUUUGUACACAUAACAUUUUUAAAUAAAUUUCAUAAUGAAA